AUGCGGACGGGCGAAGAGCUGGAGCAUCUCAAAGCCUCUGGUGAGUCUCCAGAGGCGCUGGUCACGCGGGCAUUUGUCGGUCUGUCACAGACACUGGCAACUCUCGCACGUGAGAAUACGGAGCUGCGGGCAGGCGGUGGAACGCCAACUGGUGCUACAAUGAGGCCGGCAGCUUCUGAACCUGAGGCGACCAUCAGCGAAGUGCAGGCUAAAAUGGCCGUCCUCCAGAAAGAGCUGAUCAAGUGGGGCCCUUGA